AUGAGUGGCCUCCGCUUCCUCGACCUCAUUAAACCCUUCACCCCCCUCCUGCCGGAGGUGGCGGCUCCCGAAUCCAAAAUCCCCUUCAACCAGAAGUUGAUGUGGACAGGAUGUACACUCCUGAUUUUCUUGGUCAUGAGCCAAAUGCCCCUCUACGGCAUUGUCUCGUCCGACACUUCAGAUCCCAUCUACUGGCUGCGUAUGAUGCUGGCCAGUAACAGGGGAACGUUGAUGGAACUGGGAACGACACCCAUCAUCUCCUCGGGGAUGGUCUUCCAGUUGCUGGCUGGAACUCAUCUCAUCGAUGUCAACCUCGAUCUCAAGUCGGACCGCGAAUUGUACCAAACCGCCCAGAAACUCUUCGCCAUCAUCCUGUCUUUCGGUCAAGCCUGCGUUUUCGUCCUCACCGGUCUAUAUGGGCAACCAAGCGACCUCGGGGCUGGUAUCUGCCUCCUCUUGAUCGUCCAAUUGGUGCUUGCUGGCUUGGUGGUCAUUCUCCUCGAUGAGUUGCUUCAGAAGGGAUACGGUCUUGGGUCCGGCAUUUCGCUCUUCAUCGCCACCAACAUCUGCGAAUCUAUCAUCUGGAAAGCCUUCUCUCCGACGACGGUUGACACCGGCCGAGGCAAGGAGUUCGAAGGCGCCGUGAUUGCCCUCUUCCACCUCCUCGUCACCUGGCCCGACAAGACACGUGCGCUCCGCGAGGCCUUCUACCGCCAGCACCUUCCAAACAUCAUGAACCUCUUGGCGACCUUGACCGUCUUCGCAGCCGUCAUUUACCUCCAGGGCUUCCGGGUCGAGAUCCCUGUGAAAUCCUCUCGCCAGCGAGGCAUGCGCGGCUCCUACCCCGUCCGUCUCUUCUACACGUCCAACAUGCCCAUCAUGCUGCAAUCCGCAUUGGCGUCGAACAUCUUCAUGAUCAGCCAGAUGCUCUACACCCGCUUCUCUGAUAACUUGCUGGUGAAGCUCCUGGGAACCUGGGAACCCAGAGAAGGCUCGUCCCAGCUGUACGCGAGUGGUGGAAUCGCCUAUUACAUGUCCCCACCCCUCAACUUCACCGAUGCGCUCCUUGACCCCAUCCAUACGGUCAUCUACAUCACUUUCAUCAUUGUCAGCUGUGCGGUCUUCUCCAAGACGUGGAUUGAAGUUUCUGGCAGUGCCCCACGCGACGUGGCCAAGACCCUCAAGGAUCAAGGACUAGUGAUGGCCGGUCAUCGUGAGCAGAGCAUGUACAAGGAGCUGAAGAGAGUCAUCCCCACGGCUGCUGCCUUCGGAGGUGCGUGUAUCGGGGCGUUAUCCGUGGCCAGUGACAUGCUUGGUGCGCUCGGAAGCGGAACCGGGAUCCUGCUGGCGGUCACCAUCAUCUAUGGAUACUUUGAGAUUGCGGCCAAGGAAGGAGAUUUUGGCCAAGGACUGAAGGGAUUGAUUGGUUAG